UUACUGUAUUUUUUUCAUUUCUACAGAUCUAUCAUCACUUUGAAUUACCCGACAAUCAAUCUGAAAGCAUCUUUGUUGUCGUGAGACCUGUAAGAAUACAGCACAAAAAACAAACAACAAGAAAAGCAUGCUGCUCUUUAUAACGCUUCAAAGAUCUUGUCGCAAAAACAGUUAUAAAAGUUGCCAUGUAGUUUAACGUCGAACAUUUAUCCGCGUAAAAAUUGUUAUUAAUUUAAAAUUUGACCUUGGUAAUUAUUCUCUCAAUGAACAUCAAUAUAGCAGUCAUAGGUUUAUUUUUGUGCCUUGGUGUUAUACAAGUCGAAAGUUUUUUCUUUUCGACGUUCGGUGGAAUGAAUCUUAUAGUAGCUCCAAUAAUUACACCCAUAAAUAUUUCAUUUCCGCUAGAUGGAGCUGUGGCACUAGGCGCAUUCCGAGUUGCAAUCAAAGCUAUACUGGCCAAUAUUUUUCCCAAAAUCGUGGCUCCUGUAUUUGGCCGAAAGAAGAGAGAAAUUCAGAGCACUUGGCCUCGAAGUACUAAAUUUACAGGCGUUUUAUUUCCUACGCAGGAAGAGAAAGAGCGUUUCCUGAAGCUUAUCUGUGGUUUCGUCUUUCCAAAACAUAAAGAAGAAACGGAAGAAAAUGAAAAUAUUUUUCUUAUAUUAUUAGGGUCAAGUGAUAAACCAUCGAAUGCUACAGAUUUAUCAGGUUUUUUAUCUGUUAAAUUGGCAGUUGUAGGCUACAAUACAAACGUGACAUCAGCGUGCAAAGAAAGAUUCCGUGACUGUGUACACAACAAGGAAAAACGAAAUGAAGGAAAAGGAAUGCUGUACAACUUCGAUCCAAAUACUGAAAAGCAGUCGUUUUUUAUUCCAUCAUUUAUUGUAAAGUUAAAAAACAUGUUACAGUUGUGGCGCUUACAAACACAUAAAUAGCUUUUGUUCUAUACAGAAGUAAAUGGAGUACUAUAUUGUAUUUGUUUAACAUGAUACACAUACCUGGAGUGAUUUCACAAUAUAGUAACUAUGCAGUAUAUAAAAAAUUUUAAAGCAGUAAAUCUGUUAAAUUUCAAUUCGGUGUUAUCAGACUUGUAAAGAAUUUGUUGUAAAUCAUCUCACUGCGAAGAAAAUACAAAAUAUAAAAAUUUGAGAAAACCAAUAGGAAUCUAUAUCUAAUUAUUGCAACACGUACAAACCCAUUUUCUGUUUCUCAUAUUUGACAUGAUGUGAUCUACCCAUGGCAUUACCACUGGUUAAAAGUAGGUAGAUAAAUAGAGAAAGAAGGUUAGAUAAUAAGUUAAGGUUAAAUUGAAAACUUUCAUGUGAUGGAAGUAGUCAUAUUUUUAAGGCUUGAGUUCUAUAUUUAUUAUAUAAAAACAACUAUAGCCUUUAACAACAAAAAUCACCAUAUAGAGGUAUCAGUGGCCAAACAACUGACAAAUUUAAGAUACUCAACCAUUUGAUUUUACUUAUAAAAUUUAAGCUAAACCUCUAAAUAUUGAAAAUUAUUUGAAAGCUUAUUCUAGAAAAAUUAACUUGUUAAUUGAAGAAAUAUAAGCUUCAGAGCUGAGCCAUAUCAUAACAUAAUGUUUAGGGACAACAAGGGUCCUAUUUAUGCAUCUAGCCUGUUCCAUCUUCUAAACUAAACUAAAACUAUUAAAUAAUAAAAAAAAUUCUCAAAGCCAACCCUAAUCAUUCAUACAGUUAUCAAGCUCUCUCUUAAACUUACUUAAAUUUACUGCCUCUACAACAUCAAAAGGCAACCUGUUCAAAAGGCCAACCACCUAUUAGAAAAAUAAAACUUUUUUAGCUGAAUAUGACUCCUUUCCUGCUAAAAUGUAUGUUUGUGUCCCCUAGUCCUACCAUUCUCACCAUUAAGUAUGAAAAAAGAUGAUGCAUCAAUACUAUCAAUUCUCUUAACAAUCUUA